AUGCAGCUAGUUCACGAUGAUGGUCAUCGAUUCCCUCUGGCAACGCCUUCGCUCACACAUGGCAGAUAUGUGGACGAUAUCUUUGGAGGAGCAGACUCAACCUCGGAACUUGUGGAGGUCGCUCAACAGCUGAUUGCAUUGUGCAACGCGGGCGGAUUUCCACUCGCAAAAUGGCAUGCGACUCACCCAGAUUUAUUAAAGGCUGUUUCGUCAUCCACACAAUCGUCAGCUCCCAUAUCAUUUGACGACUGCACUACCAAAUUACUCGGAAUUCAAUGGAUGCCUCAGACUGACGCAUUCGGCUUUUCAUCAACCUUGACUGAUCAACCAAGUAAGUGUUCAAAACGCCUCGUAUUGUCCGAAGUGGCUCGGAUAUUUGAUCCAUUAGGUUUCGUAUCACCGGUAAUAGUACGAGCAAAAAUGCUAUUACAAGAGCUCUGGCUGCACAAGAUCAAUUGGGACGAUCCAUUACCGUCUCAAAUUGUUUCACGCUGGUUCACCAUCAGAGAAGAUCUCAACAGCUUGGCCAAGCUAUCGAUUCCAAGAUGGUUCAACAUAUGGAGUAAUUCAACUGUCGAUAUUCAUGGAUUCUCUGAUGCUUCUCAACUUGCCAUGGCAGCAGUGAUUUAUAUCACUGUUAGCUCGCCGUCCAACUGCUCAACGACGUCAAUUGUCUGUUCUAAGACAAAAGUUGCACCACUGAAGAGGUUCACCAUCCCCAGAUUGGAGUUGUCUGCAGCACUCCUACUGGCGAAGCUCGCCAAAUAUGUUCAAUCAACGCUCAAGGUGAAGAUCAACGCUACGCACUUGUGGACGGAUUCUCAAGUCUCUCUCAUAUGGAUCAAAUCGCAAGCAUCACGUUGGAAGGAUUAUGUUCGGAACAUAGUCAUUCAGAUCCAAGAACUCACUCCAUAUGCGCAUUGGAGACAUGUUCCAGGUACUUCUAAUCCAGCCGACUGUGCUUCCCGAGGCAUUUCGACGGAUCAACUCCAACGACUAGAGCUCUGGUGGAAAGGUCCUCCAUGGAUGGCUCUAAAUCACGAUCAUUGGCCAGAGCUCAACCUUAACCAGCGAGCUCGAAGUGAGACCCAAUGUCUCACUCUUUGCUUCAGCUCAAAAGCUAAGUUAUCAUUGGGAUCUCAUUUAUAA